UUCCAGCCGUUCAAUUCUGCCACCGUACUUUAUAAAGUUCCACGACCCUCAUAAGUUUUGUCUUUUUAUCGUUGGAACGAGAACUACAACAAGAGCCGUGUAGGCGGAAGCGAAGGCAGCCACCGCAAGAAGAAGUUGACACCCACGUGGCAACUAGGCCGUUUAAGCCGUACAGAGGAAUACGUAUGAGGAAGUGGGGCAAAUGGGUGGCUGAGAUACGUGAACCAAACAAACGUUCACGUCUUUGGCUCGGUUCUUACACAACCGCCGUAGCCGCCGCUAGAGCCUAUGACACCGCCGUCUUCUACCUCCGUGGCCCCUCAGCACGCCUCAACUUCCCUGAUCUUCUUUUUCAGGAUGAGGGACACCGAUCAGCCGCGGCUGCUGCCGUCGACAUGCCCGCCACUCUGAUACGUGAGAAAGCUGCGGAGGUCGGCGCUAGAGUUGAUGCUCUUCUCGCUUGUUCUGCGAAGUCGCGGUCUCCUUCUUCACCGGUAUUAGUUGAGAAACCUGAUUUGAAUCAAAUACCUGAAUCAUGAGAUAUUUAGUGAAGUUAUAGACAACAUAUACGCAUCUUGUUUUGUUUUUAAUGGCGAUUACAAUUACAUACGUGAUACACAGACGACACAUGUGAAAAUAUAGAGAUGUACACAUGAAUAAAGUAUCGAAUAAUUGUUAUAAUCUUGUUUAAUUUGCUAUUAAUGAGAAGAGAGUUUUUGUUUAA